UUCCAUCACUCUUCCGGUUCCGCUGGCGGCAAGUUCAAAGAAAAUAGUUGCGAAACCUCUGAUGUGCAAUGUCAAGGACAUAUGAACCUGCAGCAUUGAGGCUUCGUUCACAGAGCCAGGCUAAACUAACCAAUCACUACACAACUUUGAAGCACUCAACAUCCAACGGGUCAGUCAACAUCACAGAUACCCCCGAAGUCCCCAGCACACCAAGUCAGAAUGGAAUUACCCAUCUGAGACAGAGGCUACAAGACCAUUUGGAUGGAAGAGGCAGUGUGGAGGCAGAAGACAACACAAGUCCAGGCCUGGCCAGACUCAGGAUGACUCCAGGUCGCAUAUUAAGGAAGAAGCAGGAAGAGUUGAUAAAGAAGCAUGAGGAGGUGCGUCAGCGUGCAGACCAGCUCAGUGUGGGGGGAGGUGUCGCACUCUGGCCACAGAUGGAGAGGAUGAAGCUGCAUUCAGGGGAGACAAUUCAGCUUGUCCUGACAUCACUCGGGCUCAUGUUAACAGUGGUGUUUAGUUGUUCCCUGACAGAUUUACAAACCUACACCUGGAACCUGAAGACAUUCCCCACACAUCAUGUGAUUGACAUUAAUGAAGGGCAGGAGAGGUUCAAGACAUCUCUCAUUUCCUGGCAUUCAAAGUACAAGACUUUACUGACAUUGAUACACAAGAGAUUUGACAUGACAUCCUCCUCUGGUGUAGACGUCAUGUUUCUGUGUGGUUACCUGAUGGGGCUGGCAGUCUUGAUGUACUAUCUCAUUGAUAAUAUGUUUGCAAAGAGCAAACUGUCACCUAGAAGAAUAAAGAACUGGGUGUGCCUACUGACUGUGAUAGGCACGUGGACUGUACUGUUGUUGCACUGGUUAGUUUUGGCACACCAGCUGGAGUUUGCCGUAGAAAAAAAUGUCCACCACCUCUCCGAAAUACUGGGUGACCUUGUUGACACUGACCUUGACCUCCCGGUAUUUCAUACAGUGCUGCUGUAUUGGCGGACACGUUGCUUACCACCUACUACGCAUGGCACUUUGUCCAUUCUGAGUGUGCUUCCUGUGCGGGACGUCAUGUAUUAUCUACAGUACUACAGCCUCCCAGUCAUUACUGUGCUUGUCACACCAGUGCUCAGACUCUUGGUAGCUCUCUGUCAGGUAUACAGGAUAUAGCCACUUCUUACACACUGUUGCACGAGUCUCACAAUUCUCUCACACAUCUCACCGGUUUUUUCAUGCAGUUUACUGUAGUGUUGGGAAUUGGUUAAAAUCUCAUAAUUGAUGAUUGGUUCAUUACAACCGAUCAAUCAUCGAAAAUAAUUGGU